CACCCACUUCGCGCCUCGUAGAUUGAAGGGCGCAUCGCAAGCCAAUGACUCACUAGAUUCAGGUGGCAUAUAUAUAAGCAUAAGUUCUGUUCAGACACUCAUUCUUCUUCACUAAGAUACCUUUCCAUUUGCCUCAAACUCAACACUGGUCAAACCCAUCAUGACAUCUCUUAAAACAAAAUUCCAGUCGCGAUCUUGGCGAAAGGAUCAAUUCGUCAUCUCAACAGACCCCAACUUAUUCCCGAUAUCUCAACUCUCAAACAUCUUCAACUCGAGCGAGUUCUACUGGGCCAGCGCGCUAUCACCCGAAGCCUUCAAAGAAGCCCUUCACAACUCCCUUUCCUUCGGCGUGUACGACUCGGCUCAGUCACCCGGCCCAGAAUCCCCAGGCAAAUUGAUCGGCAUCGCUCGAUGCGUGACAGACUUCGUCACCUUUGCGUAUCUCACAGACGUAUGGGUUGAUCCAACAUACCAAGGAAAGGGCUUGGGGAGCUGGCUUGUUCGAUGUAUCCAAGAAGUGCUGGACGAGAUGCCGGAUCUGCGACGGGCAAUGCUGCUCACGGGAGAUUGGGAGAGGUCUGUGCCGUUUUACGAGAAGCUAUUGGGUAUGAGCUUGGUUGAACCGAAGAGAGGUGAAGGACUUGCUGUUAUGGAGAGUAAGGGGAGAGGGCAUCCGAGCUAUGGGAAGGCAGGUCUAGGUUAUAACUGAGUAUGAGUCUUUGUUCUUGUGGGCCGUAUCUGUAACUAAUAUUCAUCUCAGCGAGUUCAGGCUCAGAAACUCUCAAAGCCGUCUUAUCCUUGAAAUUCCAUAUAGCAAAGUAUUGUUAUGGUUAUGAAAUUAUUGAGUGUUGGAGGAAUCAGUGUCUUGCCAGG